GUGCAGCCGCCGAGUGAUCCAAGUAACGCCCACGCGCACACGAAGAACGCCCUUUCUCUCUCACUGCUGAAGCCUGUCUGUGCAGCGGCCGCCCCCUUCUUGUGACUGUGACAGUGUAUAAUGCACUAGGACUGUUUAUAAGUGCCGUAAUAACCCCUAUUUUCUGAGUGUCUUCUACCCAGGAGGUGUGGACACCAUGCAUCUACUAAGGUGGUGUGCGCUGGCGCUGGUCUUGGUGGCUGCCUGCUCGGCCUUCCCGCAGGAGGACAGACGCCGCCUUCUCUUCAGCAUCCGUAACCGACCCAAUAUUCUCAGUCGUCGCAACUCGAGGACGUCCACGACCGAAUCUCCCGAAGGACUGACGACCACGACCACGACCCCAGCCCCUGCCGCUGAUGCCUCCGACGCUCCCUCCCACCCUACCAGGCGGCUUCCGCCUCUGCGCCGCCCGGGCAUUCGCUUCGGCCUCCGCCCCGGCUCGUCGCUCAAGAGUGAGCCCGUCGUCGUGUCGCAGCCCCAGCCUGGACAGGAGUUCGCGUCGGAGGCUGAGUCGAGCGCCUCGGCGACGUCCCCGCUGGCCAGUGGCGAGAGCACGAGGCCCGAGCCCGAGGUCCUCACCAAGCCCGUCCCCGGCCAGGAGUUCGUGGCCUUCCAAGCAUCCCAGCCCUCCGCACAGGACUCCAUUGUUACGGGAGAUGGCGGCGAAAUCCUGUACGUCAGUCUGGACAGCGCCCCAGAGGGUUCUGAGCAGGAAGCAGCUCCUGCAAUCACCGAGGAGCAUCUGGACCAGGAAAUUCAUGCUGCCCUGGAAAACGGAACGGAAGGCUUCGACUCGUUCCUGCUGACGCCCGAUGAACUCCUUCCCGUUAUUGGCGACCUCGAGCCCGUGACCGACUACCCCGACUACGACUAUGUGACGGAAAUCCUGGAGGAGGUGGCCGCCACGGAGCUGCCGCAGCAAGAGAUCCUUGCCGCCACCCCCGCGCCCACCAAGAACGUCACAGCCCUGGAGCCUGAAUUCGAGACUCUCAUUUCAGUCGUGACGAGUCUGCCCACGAAGGAGGUCGAUGGUGAGAACACGCACGUGGAGCACCACACCGAGUUCGAGCAGAGCGAGGCGGGAUCAGAGAACUACACCCUCAGCCACGAGGCCUUCGCUGAGCAGUUCUUGCCAAACAUUCCCCAAGCUGAGGUCCCUUCGGAAGACUUCCCUGCUGCGGCAGCUAAAUCGAUUCAAGAGGAUGAAUUUUUGUAUGAUGCUGAGCCAGCCACAGAACCCGUGCCCGUGGAAGAACCUGUGCCCGAGGAGGUCAAGGCUCCUGCUACCGAAGUCGUCCUCGGUGCGGAGCCUGAGCCUGUUGCAGAACCCUCGCCCAUUGAUGAGCACUUGCACCAUGACCAGGAGGCCGCGGCAUCGCCACAGAAAUUCCCGUCGAGACCACCGACUCACCUGUCUUCGCUGAAGAACCCGCCAAUGAGACCAACAUCGAAAUCCUGAGCACGAAAAACCAGCAGAACCCUCCCGUCAACGACCUCUACGGCAAGUACUUCGACGAGAGCGACCUUAACUUCGGCAAGGGAGCCAACGACAACGACAAGCUCCUCUUCCCCGCCGAGACCGAGCAGAAGGUCCGCAGCAAGAUCGAGAUCAAGGAAGUCAAUGGACAGCUCUAUGAGUACGAGUACCUCUACUACUAUGACGAUGAGUAUCCCCUCUACGACUAUGAAUAUUCCUCUGCUGUUGACGUGGAGCCCGCAGCAGCUGAUGGCCCGGCCACAUCGUCGACCUCUUAGAACGACCCUCACGCGGUGGCACCCGGCUGAGCAGCAGAACCAACAGCCGAAGCAGCAGCAGGGAUAGCUCCCGGACCAGCAUUAGGGACAGCAUCAGAGAAAGCAGCAGGGAUAGCACCAGGGACAGCGCCAGAGAUAGCACCAGGGAGAGCGCCAGAGACAGCACCAGGGAGAGCGCCAGAGACAGCAACAGCAGAGGCAGCAGCAGAUCCAGCAGCAGGACCAGCAACAGGGGAAGCAGCCGGCAGCAAGUAGCAGAUUCCCAGGAGGCGAACUUCAUUGAGCCAGUCAGGUCCUCCGGCCGCUCCAGAGCCAUCGACUCCGGCUCCUCCUCCAGGACCUCUUCUCUCCGAAGCAGAGGCAGCUUCCGGUCGCGCGAACAGGACGUGAACAGCAUCGACAACGGCGUCCAAUCGGUCACCGUAGAAGAGGACAAGCUCCCCGCCCACACCCGCUUCCCUCCCCGCACGCCCGUCACCACAACGCCGACUGUGCCCGAACGCGAGCCCCUCUUCCAGGAAUCCUCGCGCCUCGGCAUUGAUGAGCACAAGCAGGUUCCUUUUGUGCCUGAGGUCACAGGACUCCAGAGCUCCCGCGAACUCCAGGCGUCCCGCGAUGCCAGGGUGUUUGACACAGAAGUGCCCGAAGAGGAGGCCGUCGAGGCGGACACGGUCUAUGACGAGAUCACCACCGAGGAGGUUCCCACGACCACUUUCUCUCCCUCUGCGUUGUCUCUGGUUAACCUCUACGCUUUCUCGCGCGCUGCCGACGCCGAAGACAUGGGUGAAGUCACCACUGAGGUCCCGCAGUCACAGGACUACGAAACGGAGAUUCCAAUUGAUUACUACUACUACGACUACGAAGCUGGAGCCGCCACCGACUACCCCGCCUUGACCGAGGCUGUUACUGAGCCCACCGAGCCACAGGCAGAACCUGAACCUGAGCCGGAACCCAGCACUGAGGAGCCAACCACCACCUCUCACAACUACAACACCUGAGCCUACCACCACCGCCAGGACACGUGGCUUCUCCAGGACUAGCGCUGGAUCGCGUUUCAGCAGCCGCGUCCGAGGCAGCCGAUUCCAGCCUUCCAGCACCACCACCACGACCGAGGCUCCUGAAGAGUCCACGCAGAGCAGGUCUAGGUUUGGAGGCUCACGGUUCAGCAGCAACAGGAACCGCUUUAGCUCCAACCGUUUCAGCUCCAACCGCUUCAAGUCCCAGUCGUCAACAGACAAACCUGCAGAGGAGGGAGAGGAGGUUGCAUCUGAGGCCUCUGUAGACAGCACAACCGAAAGGAGCGGAGGCUUCAGGAACAGGUUCAACAAACCCAGAGUCAGUUCAUUCAGGAACCGCGGAGUCACAAAGAAGGACAACGAAGUAACAGAACGCACAACCGAAAGAGCAGCGACCCGCGCCAGGCCGAGACUCCCAUCCAGGGCAGGUCUCCUUGGCAGCCGAUUCCGCGGGCGUGGAACCACGGCAGCCGCUGGAGCCACCACGGAGCCAACUGAAGGCGACGAGGCCCCUGUAGAGGAGACCGUUGUGGCCGACGUAGAAGCCGAGGUCGAAAGCAGCACAGACACUUUGGAAACAGUGAUUUCUACUACCGCUGCCCCAGCCCCUGCCAGAGGCAACACCAGGAGACGCCCCAGCAUCAGCAGGCAUCGCUUCGGAGUCCGAAGGAAGCCCGAAGCAGAAGCAAAGAAAGAGGCAGAGGAAGUGCCGGCCGAGGGCGAAGCUCCUGCUGAAGAGCCUGCAGUCGAGGCUGAGGCCCCUCAGGCUGCCCAGGCCCCCCAGGCUCCUCAGGGCCGCCCUGCUCGCCCCACACGCACCCGCCCCUCGAGGCCCUCCCUCCUGAGAGCCCGGACGAACCCCAGGCACCGAGGAGGCGCCCGCACGGAGGCCCCGGCAGAGGAGGCAACAGCUCCGGCUGAGGAAGCGCCCGUGGACCCAGCACAGCAACAGACCGACGUUCAGCAGACAGCAGAAGAAGUCGUAGCAGGUGAAGGGGCUGAGCUGGAUCACGCCGCUGCCGCCGAGGAGGAAGUGUCCGCCGACGAGCCGGCAGACAAGCGUCGCCCCGGAGUAGGAAUCGGAGGCAAGAGGCGCGUCAUGCUGAACCGCUUCAGCAAGAACCGCAGCGCCGCCCCCAGCAGCACCACGACGCCGCAGCCCAAGCGAGCCCCGUCGUCCAACAACCGCCGCACGGCACUCACGUCGCUCUUCAACCGAAGGAACCGCCGCCCCGGAAGACGGAACAAGGGAGCCGCAGAGGAGCCUGCUGCAGAGGAGCCCGUAGACGCCACGGAGCAGGAGGCGCCCGUCGAGGAUGAUAAUCAAGUAGCAGAAGCCCAGCAGGCCGCCGCAGAGGAGCAGAUCGUAGCGGAGGAGCCCGCCGCUGUGGCGGAGGCGCCCGCCGAGGAGGCAGCCGAGGAGGCAGGUCCUAAGCGAGGCCGGACACGCCCCGGCCUCAGUUCGCUCUUCAACCGACGAAGGAGACUCAACCGAAGAAGAGAAGAGGAGUAAGAGGUGGAAGAGGCACUCACUUAUCGCCGCCUCUUCCUCUGUUCCCCGAAGGAGGAAGCGGACAGGACAUGAUGAUGACGACGAUAAAAGGGAGCGGAAGACAGAAGGAAGGGAGUUUUAGUGUCCGGUCUUCAUGUUCGUCCCGCCUUCUUCCUUGGGAGUCGGGAGAAGGAGAGAUAUUUAGACAAGAAAUCUCCCCCCGUUUUUAUAUAUAAUUCUCUCUCAUUUCUUUCUCCUUCUCUCGAAAUCCCGGUUUCCGGUCCGUCCCUUUCCAUCUUUCAAGUGCGAACGAAAACCAAGAAAACGAAUGGACGAUGUCAUCAGAAAAUAACAUCGCUCAAGACGGAACAGUUUCCUUACUUCACCGUCACUUUUUUUCUCGUAAAUCAACCUCCUUACCUUCAUAUUCAUCCUUAAAGUCGUUUUCACCUUCCAUAUAUAUAAUUUUUCUUUGAAUGAAGCAAAGAAAAGCAUCAUUUAGUAAGACGCGUGGCCACUUCAUCUCCCAAAGAAUCCGAAAUGCACUGAAAAGAUACUUUGUUAAUGGCCAUGCUAUAAGAAUCCCACCUUGUCUAAUUAAGUUAGAAUCAGAAUCAGACAAUUGGUUAAUGAAGUAAAUAUAGUGAUAAUUCACAUACAGUCUGCUCUUCCUCAUCAAUGUCAAAGAACACGAGAAACGUUUUUAAUGUUAGUGAUAUGCUUUGUUUUAAUCUUUUCUCUCGUUGCAUAUGUAUAUUCUCGAUCCCAUUUCUCACUCCUGGGACUUGAAAACAAAUCGUUAUUUUGUGCCUUGUGAUAUAUCUACCAACACAUUUCCUUUCUCUUCCCUUUUGUAUUGUAUCUAUAUAUAUCUCUUUUUCCCGUCCCACCUACCUCCCUCCUUUCCCCCCUAUCCCAUUCCCCUUCUCCCCCCCUCCCCCCUCCUUGUAGAUAGCAGUUUCAUUUGAAUCUAUUUAAUGAAUUGUAAACUGUAAAUAUUUUGUAUCUGUUUAUGUUUACUUUCUUUUUUUUUUUAUCUUCUUCUGAAAGGGGAAAAUUACUGUUUAGUUUUAGUGAUGUAAUUCUUUCCCCUCCCUUUUUAAUAGUCUUUAAUGACAUAUAUAUAAUCACAGAUGAUUCGUUAUAUAAUAGGAAAAUAGGUAAUUGGUUCCUUAAAACAGUUUUCAAAACGUUUUUUUUUUCACUUCCAUCAGACUCUCGAAUUCUAAAAAAAAAAGAAAAGAUCAAAUAAUGCACCAAUAAACAGAUAAGUUCGGCCGAUCUUUUGCAUUCAUCAGUUAUAAAUGAUUUCCUCAUUUUUUGGCUUCAAAGAUUUGGCCAUUUUUCCUGGCAGGUCUUUGCAUGCCGAUUCUGAGUGACUUUGUUCACGAAUGAAACUAGCUUUGUUCAUAAUUAAACCCUUUUUGACCUCUGCGAGUGUCUCUCAUCAUAAUAUUGGAAUAGUCAUCCCUCAGAAAACAAAUAAAAAUUGCUCUCUCUCCAGAACCAUUAACACAGACUCUCUUGUACAAUUCGUCUUCGUAUAUCACUU